GGUUGCUAGGCUGGCUGGGCGGCGGCGAGCCACCUUCCACGGUUGCCACAGCAACGCCAGAAUGGCGAACGCGAGCGGGCUGGCUUAUCCCGGGGUGGGGACCAGUGGCUUUGGAGAUGAAACUUUGAAACUGCGGCAGCUGAAAUUGGAGAACCAGAGAGCCCUUCUAGAAAAGAAGCAGAGGAAGAAGCGCCUCGAACCCUUGAUGGUACAGCCAAACCCAGAAGCAAAGCUGCGCAGGUCAAAGCCUCGAGGGUCUGAGGAACAGACCCCCUUAGUGAGUCCCCCUGCCCCUGCCUUCAACAAUGUUGUUCUGCAUGGUAUCGAUGGCCCGGCUGUCUUUCUGAAACCGGAAAUACAAGACUUGGGUGCCAAACUGCAGAUAAUUUCAGUUGGAUCAUCCACAACAGAAGAUGACACCAAACCAAAAAAUGUAGAAGAAACUUCAGUAGAUGCAGCCUCCAAGAUGGAUCUGCAAGACAUUCUGCAGAAACGAGGUAUCUCCGGGAGUAUGAAUUUUGAUGAGGAGGACACAGAUGAUGAGGAAGAAGCGAGGAAGCCCUCGGGAUCUCCUUCACCCUGUUCUGAAUUGGAGAGGCCUAGUUCUGCAAUCAGUGAAAAAUCUGCUACAGAACUGGGUACUUCCUCUGCUGGGCCACCUCAGGCAGAUGCACAGCUGGGAGAAAUUGAAAACCUAGAGGAGUUUGUACUGCGCCCUGCUCCCCGAGGCAUCACAGUGAAGUGUCGGAUUACAAGAGAUAAAAAGGGGAUGGACCGAGGCCUCUUUCCUACUUACUACAUGCACCUGGAACGGGACGACAACAGAAAAAUAUUCCUUCUUGCGGGGAGAAAAAGGAAAAAGAGCAAAACAUCAAAUUAUCUGAUUUCAAUUGAUCCAACAGAUUUAUCUAGGGAAGGAGAAAGUUUUAUUGGCAAACUCAGGUCAAAUCUUAUGGGAACUAAAUUUACUGUCUACGAUCAUGGAAUUAACCCAAUGAAAGCACAGGGGCUGGUGGAAAAAGCUCACACUAGGCAGGAACUGGCUGCGGUUUGUUAUGAAACAAAUGUACUGGGAUUCAAGGGGCCCAGGAAAAUGUCCGUCAUUAUUCCAGGAAUGAAUCUAAAUCACCAACGGAUUCCAAUCAGGCCACGAAACGAACUUGAAAGUUUGUUGUCAAAAUGGCAGAAUAAAAAUCUGGAUAAUCUGAUUGAGCUGCACAACAAGGCUCCUGUGUGGAAUGACGAUACCCAGUCCUAUGUCUUGAACUUCCAUGGAAGAGUCACCCAGGCCUCGGUGAAGAACUUCCAGAUUGUUCAUGAAAAUGACCCUGACUAUAUUGUGAUGCAGUUUGGCCGCGUUGCUGAAGAUGUGUUCACCUUGGAUUUUAACUAUCCCCUGUGUGCCCUUCAGGCCUUUGCUGUUGGACUCUCCAGUUUUGAUAGCAAGCUAGCGUGUGAAUGAUGGAAUGGUAUUUCCAGCCUUCCAUUUGUUUCUCUUCCUGUGCUCACAUCUGGGCUGUGGUGUGCGUGUGAAGGAUUGUAAGGGACAAUCAUGGUGGAUACUAAAGGGAAACUCCAAGCUUUUUACCCAGAAGGCAGAUGUGGAGGCACAAUAGCAGCCAACUGGAGAAUGCUGCCUUUUUCAAGGAGGAAAAAGAGGAAACCUGUGAUGUCGUUGUUGGUGGUAUAAAUGGUGGAAAGGGAGGCUGUUUGUGAGAGAAGGCUUAGAUAUUGUGUUUUACCCUUAAAAUGGCUGAGCAUACCUGGAAGUCGAAAUCCCUCUUGCUGGAAUCCCAUGAAUGGAGCCCUACUAUCUGUUAUCGUCAACUGCCUGGCUGCAUUUUUGAUGUUCCUUCAGCUGAUGGCCUGUAACAAAAGAUGUCUUGUUACUCUGCAGUCCAAUUGUUCAGUGAGGUUGGUGGGUCUUGAUUCGUGUUGUUGCUCUGGUGUUCUGUAUCUGAUGUCAUUGUAUAUUGUAGGACUUCGUUCUCCAGGAAGAGCAGUAGUUCUCUGGCUGGCUUGAAGAGGACGAAGUGUGCCUUCUGUCGCUGUAUCAAAACUGCUUGGUAACUCUGUGUGGAAACUGAUAACUGGAGCCGAGCUAGGUGUGUCCCUGACUUGCCAGGCUAUUUUGAAGAGCCACAUGUCAUUUUUUUUGUUUCGACCAAUAACCAUUUUAAAAAGUGGAACUAAAGGUUUAGAAGUUUUUGGGCACUUUAAAGAUUAACAAGUUUUUAAGCUUCUGAUUUCUCAUUUUGUUUGUUUUUAAGCUGCCACAAAUCUCUUGUUUAUUUUUACUACAAUGGAAUAUCAUGGCUACUGCUCAAGAAUUUGAUUUGCUUCUUGUUGAUAUAUUAUGUAAAAAAAAAAGCGCACCUGCAUUCCUGGUCUAGGAAAGCAUUUUUGUUUAGGUAGAAGACAUUCUUCUUUGUAGUCUCUGUGCAGGUACACACAUUGGUUGUCCACAUAUGCAGAACAACAUUCAAAAACUUCUGCAGUUAAAGCCCACAGAUUUCUUGUGAAAACCCUUCUCUUUGAGGGGAGUUUUGCACACAGCUGUACUACAGUCGGUCAUCUUGCUUGUGCUUUGUGUUGUAGGAAUGAGUUUUGUGAGAUUCUGACUCUAUGGCUUAGGAUACAACAUCUUUAGCACCCUAAAUUUGAUCUAUGUUCCAGUUCUCUCCACAUCUAGACAGGUUCCAGCUUAGCGUUGACACAGAAUCAUAAGCAAUCCAGCAGUCCAGCCCAGAAUGAGAGCAAUCAGGGCUCUUUGAUGAAAAAUAUAUCCCCUCUCUGGAAGAAACCUUCCUCUUCUGCUUCCAAGUUAGCAGCUUUGUCCACGUUGACAUCAACUGCAGCCCUUUUUACUUUUUUCAAAGUACCAGUCCCUCCAUUCAUGGUCUUUCUUGCAGCAUUCUGGAGAUAUGCUAGCACCCUCAUCCAUUAUGAGCCUAACACUUUCAUUGAUCCAAAUGACCGUGGUCCCGUAUCUUUUCCAGUACAUCCUGAGUCUCAUGCCUUUCCCUAUAGCCAUACCUUGUUUUAUAGUUCUGCACAAAACCAACUUCUGCCUUUGCCCAUAGGACUUACCUUCUGGUUCUGACAUCAGUAGUUACUCUGAUUCCAGCACUGAAUAAAGGUGCCAGAUUUGUUUCUGAAUCAAGUGGUGGAUAACCAUAAGCCUGGACAUCCCAUGGAAGACUUUCAAUUGCAUAUGAAUGUCUGGACAAUGCAGGGCUUUUUUUCUGGGAAAAGAGGUGGUGGAACUCAGUGGGUUGCC